CGUUUAAGGACUUAUAGUAUCCUACACGUGAUUUAUUUUACACUGGAACUGAUCAUAAUGCGAAAGGUGUCAUCGAUGACUCCUCACUGGAGUCAAAACACUUUCGUCCAUAUUUACUAAAUCAUAAAUCAGAGAAUGCCAGCCUGAGUGGUCUUCAGUUUGUUGCGAUACCGAUUGUAUUCUUUUCGUUGAUUACAUACUUCAAUACAGUGGAAGGAAGAUAUUGAAAAAUUCUCUCGAGAUCGACAUCACAACAAUAAAGGGGGUACCCGUUUAUCAGAGGGAGUGUUCAAUAAGCAAUAUGACUGACUAUGCUGAAGAAGGAAUGGUGUUCGUAAAAGAACUGACAGAACACCUACGGUUAAAUCAAGAAGCUGAUGCUAUCAAGCAUCUCGGCCAGCAGUAUAGAGAAUUGCAUCAACUACAAUGCAGUCAGCAGCAGCAAAUGAAGGAUGAUAUUAUGCGUUACACCAAGCUGAACGAGGAACGAGCCAAGUUAAUAGCAAAUGACAAUAGUUUGGAAGAAAUACAGAAUCAGGAACUGAUUGCUAACGGAGAAUACCAAAAAAUACAAGCACAUUCGAAAGACCAGUUGAAAGAGAGUGAAUCUCUCGACAAACGCAUUGAAGAAGAGAAGAAAAAAAAAGAGAAGAAUGAGAAAUUAAGUGAGGAUUUAGCUGAACAGACUAAAGAUUCUUUAGUCAAAACUAGAUUAAAGGUGGACUUGUACCAGAAUAUGUUAAAUAUCCAGUGGGACUACGAUUGCGAUUCAAAUACAGUUAACGGAUUUGUUAGCACCAAGCAUGAUGUACGACCGUUCUCUUUGAACAAACAGCAGAAUUCACAAUUUUUUAUCACCAAUUACCUGUGGGAUCUGGUAGAAGCUGCUCAUCAAGAACCAACUUUACCUUAGGAGUGGACUCUUUAAGUUUUAUGUAUUUUAAGAAAUUUGUCUUAUUUUUGUUCAGAGCAUGCUGCUUUAGUGUCUUGAUACAUUUAAUGUUGUAUUUUAUUUAGUGAGCUAGGGAGUUUUUAAAGAAAAUGCAUCUUCUAAGUGAGGUGGUAUCAUGAAAGAAUGUCUCGCACAUUUCCUUUAAAUUAUACAUCACUGCCAAUUUUUGUUCUGUAGAGAUAGAGAUGUACAAUAUUGUAAUUGUUUAAUCAAACUCUAAUAAAAUUUAUGAAUA